AUGAGUAACAAUAAUAACAAUAAUAAUAAUGAUGAUAAAGGUAUUAGAACAAGAACAAAGGAGAAGAAGGAACAGGCUUUGGCUCAACCAUCAACAGAGGAUAUACAGAGGGAGCUGGAGAAAUUGAUGUCCUCGAGCAAACAACCGAUUGAUUCUGUGUUUCAGGAGUUGGCAACUCUGACAAAGGGAUUGUCGCAGACUGAUAUCAAACAGAAGGAGUUGAAGGGACAGCAGGGUGCCAUCCCGCCACGCAAAGCACAGAUCACCAGGUUCAUGGCCGAGCGAGAGUCACUCGUGAACAUGCCAGGCUUUAGUACCUUUGUUACCACUACCACCCAGAGCAGUAUAACAAAGCCUGUUCCAUGCACCCAGGACGUGAUGGAGUUGACUCCAAUGAGAAUGCGCGACAUGUUUGUGGAGACCGUUCACAAGGGCAAAGUACUGAUCCUGCGCACAAUCUGUCCUCCCUACAAGGUCAACGCAAUCUCACUCCUGGUGAUCGAUCAGUACGGAGGCGAUGAAGCACAUUACCUGAUCGUGUACAACUUUGUAGUUCCAGGUGCUGCUGGUGGCGACAAGGGAUUCAAACACCUGGACUUAGCCUUCCCAGGCACUGUGUUGGCGCUCAAGGAGCCCUAUCUCAAGUAUGCCAAGAGCGGCCAGAUAGUCAUCCGUGUGGACGACCCCAUCGAGAUCGAGAAGAUCGACGACCCGAACCAUCCACUCAUCUUCAACACCGAGUGGAAGGUGUCCAUGCUGUCCAACAUCCCCAAGGACCUGGAUGGUUGGCGCCUUCGGGGCAAUGAUCAAUACAAUGCUGGUAGAUUCGAUCAGGCAUUGGCAAGCUACAAUCAAGGACUGGCAUUGGACCCACAACACUCUGUAUUGUCACACAACAAGAUGGCGGCACUCUUGGCACUCAAGCACUACCAUGAAUGUAUCCUGCUGGGCCUGAAGCUUGUGGAGAUAACGCCCGAGAAUGAGAAGCUCCUGCUACGUCUGGCACGUUGUUACUAUGAGCUUGGGCUGUACGACCUGUCAAACGAGCGUUACAGCCAAGUUAUCAAGAUUGCACCAAAGAAUAACGAUGCCAAGAGUGGAGUUCAAAAGUGCACGACCAGACUAUCAGAGUUGCGCGAGGCUAAUUACAACUACAAGAAGAUACGCGAGACACUCUCACCAGAGGGUCAUGCAGACUGUGCCGAAUACAUUGGACCUAUCAAGAUCAUUGAUACGCCAGACAUGGGUCGUGGACUUGUCCUCACCCAAGACGUCCCUGCAGGCACACUGCUCAUCGCGUCAAGGGCUGUUGGAUACUUCAAAGGUCAACCAACAGAUGAAUUGCCAUAUAUGGACAUGUCUGCAAAGAUAAUGCUCAAGAACAGUGAUUUGAAGAUUGCUUCACUGUCGGUCCUUCAAGCAAAGGCAAAUCCAUGCAUUUCAAAACGACUCUCUUUGUUGUAUUAUGGCAAAGAGGCGAUUAGCGCUGACAACACACCACUGGACGUGUUUAUGCCACCUACAACAAUCAGUUUCGAAGGUGCACCAGUGAUUGGUCAGGAGUUGGCAAAGAGGAUCACGCAGUUCAACGCCUUCACUGCCGAUGACUACGAGAACAUUCAGGCCAACACAAUGAGCAAGAUCGUUGGUCUCUGGCCACUGCCCUCGCUCCUAAAUCAUUCAUGCAUUUACAAUGUCUCUCGAUUCUUCAUUGGCGACUUCAUGUUUAUCUACUCAAACAGCAACCUGACGGCAGGCCAGCAGCUAUUCUCAUGCUAUAUGGACAAUGGACAAGAGUACGCCGAGCGAUGCGAGACCUUAAAGAAUGGAUUCUCCAUCGACAAGUGCUCAUGCCAGUUGUGCGAGUGGGACAGAGCAGAGAACCCAGACAGCGUCAAGCAACGCCAGAAGUUGGCCGCGUCUUUUGAUCAAUACCGCGACCGCAUCAAGAAUAGGGACUUAACAGUGAUCAACCAGUUGUCUUCAUUGUGCAACCUGAUACACUCCACCUACAAACCGGAUCGUCCAUUCUUCCACAGUGCCAUGUUCCUCACUGGUACUGCGCUUGGAAUGAUGUGUGGUGCAGGAAAGUAUGAAAAGGGCAUGGAGGUCUACAUUGAAUGUGUCAAGUCCACUGGCUUUGACCCAUCGUUGCUAGACAUGACCGUGCCCAAGUCACCAGAGGCCAAGAAGAAGCAGAAGCAGAUGGCGACAAAAACAUUUGAGUUAGAGACACGUGGAAGAAUGGCAAUGAUCAACUACACUCAUAUAGACCUAUUCAUUCACAUUGCUGAGUAUGCCUAUAAUCUUGGACGAUUCACCCUCGCUCGUCAAUGUGUGGCCCUGUCAAGAUUUGCCGGACUGAUCACACAUGGACUCGAUCCAGUAUCCUACAAGAAGUUCUUUAAUGGCAAGAAUUUCAAUCCAGACCUAUUCACCUUUACUGACAAGGUAUCAUUCAAAUAA